AUGCCUUCCGCAGUCCCUGCAGGCGUCUACGGACGUCGCAUUCCCGUUGGCGGCCUCCCCAUUCCUGCCGCUGUCGACCCUUCUGCUGCUUUCCGCAUCACCAUGGCUGCUAUCGACCCCAGCGCCGAGCCCCAGAUCGACGAGGAGCACAAGGUUCCUCGCGCUACUCUGAGGAUCAUCCGUGUUCCCAUGGACCUCGAUGACGAGGAUGACGAGGAUGACGAGGACGACGAGGACUUUGACGGCGAGGACGUCGAGAGCAUCAUCGCCAAGCUGCGCGCUGGUGGUGUCGCUCUUCCCGAGGAGGAUGAGGACAGUGAGGACGACAGCGAGGACGAGGCUAACGGCGGCCCCAGCGACAAGUCCAAGUCCAAGAAGGCUAAGGAGGCUGCCCUCAAGAAGAAGAUUGCCCAGGAGCUCGCAGAAGACAAGAUGGAGAUCGACGCCGUCAACGGCAAGGGCAAGGGCAAGAUCUCUGCCGAAGAGGACAGCGACGAGGAUGACCUCGACGAUGAGGACGAGGACGAGGACGAGGUUGAGGAGUUUGUUCUGUGCACUCUCGACCCGGAGAGGAACUUCCAGCAGACCCUCGACAUCACCGUCCGUGAGGGCGAGGAGGUCUACCUCCAGGUCGACGGCACACACGACGUCUUCGUCACCGGUAACUAUAUUGCAUUCCCCGAGGACGAUGACGAGGACGAUGAGGAUGAGGACGAGUACGAUGAGGAGUACGACCUCUCUCCCGAUGAGGAUGAGCUCGACCUUGACGAGAUGGAUGAGUCCGAGGAGGACGAGCUCGACGGUCUCGCGAACCCCCGCGUUACUGAGGUUGACUCUGAGGAGGAGGCACCCAAGCUCGUCGAGUCCAAGAAGAACAAGAACAAGAACAAGCGCGCCGCCGAAGAGGAGGCUAGCCUCGACGACCUGAUGAGCAAGGCUGCCACCAACGGCGAGCAGAAGGCUGCCAAGAAGGUCAAGAAGAACGACGGUCAGGCCGUUGCUGCCGCCAAGGAGCCUGCGAAGAAGGCUGAGAAGGUUGAGAAGGUCGAGACCCCCAGCAGCGACAAGAAGAAGGUACAGUUCUCCAAGAACCUCGAGAUGGGCCCCACUGGCUCGCCCAGGGUUGACGAGAAGAAGGAAGCCGCAAAGCCCGCCGCCAAGGGACCCCGCAAUGUCAGCGGCGUCACCGUCGAAGACAAGAAGGAGGGUAAGGGAAAGGCCGCCAAGAAGGGCGACCGCGUCGAGAUGCGCUACAUUGGAAAGCUGAAGAACGGCAAGGUCUUUGAUUCCAACAAGAAGGGCAAGCCUUUCUCUUUCAAGCUCGGUGUCGGCCAGGUCAUCAAGGGCUGGGACGUCGGUGUCGCUGGCAUGACUGCUGGCGGCGAGCGUCGCCUCACCAUCCCCGCUGCGAUGGCCUACGGCAAGAAGGGUGCUCCCCCUGACAUUCCCGGCAACUCUGACUUGAUCUUCGACAUCAAGUGCAUCUCGGUCAACUAA